CUCUCUCUAGCCUCGCCGGUCACCAACAACAAAAAGUAAGUCAGUAAUGGCGGAUGAAAGGGGAAAUGUGGUGCUGUUUCCAUUCAUGGCGCAAGGCCAUAUCUUCCCUUUCCUCGCCCUUGCCCUCCAUAUAGAGAAAACCACCAACUACACCGUCACCUUGGUUAACACCCCUCUCAACAUCGCCAAGCUCCGCUCCUCUCUUCCCCCCCACUCCUCCAUCCGGCUCCUUCAACUCCCCUUCAACAGCUCCGACCAUGGCCUCCCUCCUGAUUCCGAGAACUGUGAUGUUCUUCCUUAUAACCUCGUCAUCCGCCUUCUCGAAGCUUCCAUUUCCCUCAGGCCCGCUUUCAAAGACCUUGUCGCCAAUCUCAUACGCCAACAGAACGGCCGUCGACCGAUUUGCACCAUCGGAGAUAUCUUUUUUGGGUGGGCCGCUGCUGUUGCUCAGGAGCUCGGGGUCUUUCACGCGGUAUUUAGUGGGGCCGGUGGGUUUGGGUUGGCGUGUUAUUACUCCGCUUGGACGCAUCUGCCCCACCGGAAAGCGAAGGAAGAUGAGUUUUUGUUACCAGGUUUUGAGGAAGCGUCGAAAAUUCACCGGACCCAGUUGCCUCUGAGCAUGUUGGAGGCCGACGGGACCGAUCUCUGGUCGGUUUUCCAGUGGAAGAAUUUACCGGAAUGGGUGAAAUCCGGCGCAAUUUUGUUCAAUACGGUGGAGGAAUUCGACCGGAUUGGAAUGUCGUACUUCGAGCGAAAGCUUAGCCGGCCUGUGUGGGCCGUUGGACCGAUUCUAUUAUCCACGGAAAGCAGAGCACGGGCUGGAAAAGGAGGAAUCUCGCCGGAGACAUGCCGGAAAUGGCUAGACACAAAGCCUCCAAAUUCAGUGUUAUACAUAUCCUUUGGAUCAAUGAACACAAUUUCUUCGUCUCAGAUGAUGCAAUUAGCCAGGGCUUUGGAGGUCAGCGGCAAGAACUUCAUCUGGGUCAUCAGGCCGCCGAUUGGGUUUGACAUAAACUCGGAAUUCAGAGGAGAAGAAUGGCUGCCGGAAGGGUUCGAGGAAAGAAUCAGAGAAUCAAACAAGGGAUUGCUAAUCCUUAAAUGGGCACCUCAAGUUGAAAUUUUGUCCCAUGAGUCAGUCAGUGCAUUUCUAAGCCACUGUGGAUGGAACUCCGUUCUUGAAUCUCUUAGCCAUGGGGUGCCAUUGCUGGGGUGGGCCAUGGCGGCGGAGCAGUUCUUCAAUGUGAAGUUCUUGGCGGAGGAGGUGGGUGUCUGCGUAGAGGUGGCAAGAGGGAAGAGCUGCGAGAUCAACCAUGAAGAUGUGGCGGAAAAGAUUGAGAUGGUGAUGAAUGACACCAUGAGAGGUAAAGAGAUCAGAAUGAAGGCUUUGAAAGUGAAGGAGAUGAUCAAGAAGGCCAUGAAUGAUGAGGAAGGAUUCAAGGGUUCUUCUGUGAAAGCCAUGGAUGACUUCUUCAAGACUGCCAUGUCAACCAGGGAAAAUGGAGGGAUCAAACAAAAUGGUAGGGCUGAGAAUGUACUCGUGAUCUAAUGGUAACUUCCUUUUUUGUAAAAGAUAUUUCAUAUUAAGUUUAGUAGGCAUGUAAUUUAAAUUCCGCUCUUAUAGAUUCGUAGGAUUUUAAUCUAAUGGUAUUGAUCUUAAAUUAAUGAGAUUAUAUUCA